CUCGCAGUCGUCGGAAUAAUCAAUUGCUUCUGUCCCACCCGGUGUCCCUCCCCUGCUGCCUCGGAUCCCUCUCGCCAAGUACGCAAGUCUACCGAGACAAGCCUCCAGCACGCACGCCACACCAGCCUCCCUGAUACCCACCAACCCGCCCCGCAUUCAGCCCCUCCAUCGCGACAGACACCAUACCAAUGUCUUCCAAAUCGCAAUUGACCUACGGCGCCCGUGCCAGCAAGCACCCCAAUGUCCUGGCCAAGCGGCUGUUCGAGAUUGCCGAGGCCAAGAAGACCAACGUGACGGUCUCGGCCGACGUGACCACCACCAAGGAGCUUCUCGAUCUCGCUGACCGCCUCGGUCCCUACAUCGCGGUGAUCAAAACGCACAUCGACAUCCUGUCGGACUUCAGCGACGAGACGAUCUCGGGCCUCAAGGCGCUGGCGGAGAAGCACAACUUCCUCAUCUUCGAGGACCGCAAGUUCGUCGACAUCGGCAACACCGUCCAGAAGCAGUACCACACGGGCACGCUGCGGAUCUCGGAGUGGGCGCACAUCAUCAACUGCAGCAUCCUGCCGGGCGAGGGCAUCGUCGAGGCGCUGGCCCAGACCGCCGCGGCCCCGGACUUCCCCUACGGCGCCGAACGCGGCCUCCUGAUCCUGGCCGAGAUGACCUCCAAGGGCUCCUUGGCCACGGGCCAGUACACGACCUCGUCGGUGGACUACGCGCGGAAAUACAAGAACUUCGUGAUGGGAUUCGUGUCGACGCGGGCGCUGGGCGAGGUGCAGUCCGAGGUGAGCUCGGCGUCGGACGAGGAGGAUUUCGUCGUCUUCACCACUGGCGUCAACAUCUCGUCCAAGGGCGAUAAGCUGGGCCAGCAGUACCAGACCCCCGCGUCAGCGAUUGGCCGCGGGGCCGAUUUCAUCAUCGCCGGCCGCGGUAUCUAUGCCGCGGCGGACCCGGUGCAGGCCGCCCAACAGUACCAGAAGGAGGGAUGGGAGGCGUACCAGGCCCGUAUUGGAGCGAACUAGAAACCAAUACGAUUCAAUCCAGAACAG